CUCAAUAAUUUAAAAAUAUUGAAUAAAUAUGCAAGGAGCUGUAUCUGGUGGAGGAAAUUUUACUGUAUAUGCAUUAAAAGAGGGGUAUACCACACGGUCUCUCACUGCCGUUAAUGGUGAUACAAACCAUAAUAGAUUUUUAGUCGGAACUUGCUCCUUAAAACAGAAAAAUGAAAUAUACCUCUUAAAUUUCAAUGAACUUGAUAAUAAGAUAGUUUUGGAAGGAUUAUUCGAUCAUGAAGAAGAAAUUUACGCUAUUAGCUCUAGUCCUUAUGAUGCAAAUCAGUUUAUUACUUCCUAUGCCACCGAAAAGGGAGGGUACGGAGCAUCCAUGUUCGACCUUGGCGUCUUGACUGAAGACCUAGUUAAACCUGAAGAAGAGGAGGAGGAAGGUAAAACAAAGCUUGAAUGUAAUGAUACCUCCGAAAAUACCAAAUUAAAGAAAAUAUUUGACUUUGGAGUAAUGGAAAGCCCUAUUCAUUCCAUUCUGUGGGACGAUGCUAGCGUUCUUAAGACUUUUGGAAGAGAUCAACCAGAAGAAAUUGUUUUAUGAGAUUCUGAAGCUAUGAGAAUUUUUGAUGUUAAUACAGGGAAAGAAAGAGACUGCUUGAGAGUCCUCAAAAGAUCUGGGUAUGAAGACGAAGAGCUCAUUAAAGCAACGAGGAUGAGUCUUGAUCCCAGAAUUAUUGGUAAUGUUAUCUCUAACCACAUUGUUUGCUGGGAUACAAGAGAGUUCUCAAGCAAACCAGCUUAUAAGAUUGAGAAUGCCCAUCUGGCACCAAUUUGUGAUAUUGAUUUUAAUCCUAAUAAGCCUUACUCGUGCUGAACUGGUGGAGAAGAUUUAAAUGUGAGAUUUUGGGAUAUCAGAAAAGGCAAUAACUUCCUCUUAAACUUUGAAGAAGAUUCUCAUUGGGUAUUGAACGUAAAAUACAAUAGAUAUCAUGAUCAAUUAGUUCUAACCUCUAGCUCAUCUACCUAUGCUUCUUUGUGGAGGGCAGCAUCAUGAAGUUCGAUCAAUACUCCACUUACUAAGAACUCAUCAGCGACUCAGGAUAGUAAGGAAAAAGAUACUAUUAUUCAAACUUAUGAACAUGAGGACUCCAUCCAUGGCAUUGAGUGGUCAGCCUCAGAUGCUUGGAUCUUUGCUAGUGUCUCAUAUAACGGAACUUUCUAUAUCAACAACGUUCCUUCUGAAGAGAAAUGGAUUGUUCUCUGGGACUAAAGCAUACUAUGAUUCAAUUAAACUCUCA